AAAGGGGAACAACUUCAUACCGAGUAUCGGACAUUAUUUAACGAGUUCAGUCUAAUCUCUAAGCGGGGACGAACGAAUAUCACAUGUAAUUGGCAUGAAAGCAUUGUCUACAUCAGAUGACAUCAUCAAUAUUCAUCACCUUUUAAAGACUGAAAGAAAAUAUUGUACAGAAGAGAUUUAAGAACUCCAGAGAAUUCCAGUGAAAUAUUUCUUCUCAACUAAGACUGAUUGCAACGCUUCUCUUGUGAAAUGUUUGGAAUGUCUUCAAGAUUAUUUUGUACUGAAGUUAAACUUGGAUAAUUAUUGAAAGGAAUCCCAGAGUCUUUUUGGAUAUCAAAAAAGGAUUGGAGAUGAUGGAAAUGGACCAGUAGAAAUAUUUGAUAGGAAUAUUCUAUAGAACAGCAAUAGGAAAUGUGUCCAUAUAUGUUGUGAUGACAGAAGUAUAAUGAUGGACAAACAGAUUGCUGAAGAAUAUUGUUUUUAAUCCAAAGAGAUGUCGCAAGAGAAACCACAAUCAGCAUAUGACUGCGAUAUCUGUAAAAAGUCUUUCACUCACAAACAUAAUCUGACUACUCACAAAUGUAUUCACACAGGGGAGAAGCGAUUUCAUUGUGAUGUCUGUGGUAAAUCAGUCUCUAAGAGAGGAGCCUUAUCUGUACACAAACGUAUUCAUACAGAAGAGAAACCUUAUCAUUGUGAUAUCUGUGGUAAAUCAUUCUCUGUAAGUAGACAUUUAACUGAACACAUACGUGUUCAUACAGGAGAGAAGCCAUUUCACUGUGAUAUCUGUGGUAAAUUAUUCUCUCAAAAUAGUAACUUAACAACUCACAAACGUAUUCAUACAGGAGAGAAACCUUUUCACUGUGAUAUCUGUGGUAAAUCAUUCUCUGAAAAUAGCAGCUUAACUCUGCACAAACGUUUUCAUACAGGAGAGAAACCUCAUCAUUGUGAUAUCUGUGGGAAAUCAUUCUUUGUACGUAGUUAUUUAACUGAACACAAACGUGUUCAUACAGGAGAGAAACCAUUUCAGUGUGAUAUCUGUGGUCAAUCAUUCUCACGAACUGAUACCUUAAAAUGCCACAAGCGUAUUCAUACAGGAGAGAAGCCAUAUCACUGUAACAUCUGUGGUAAAUCAUUCUCUGGAAGAAACCAAAGAGCUGAACACAAACGUAUUCAUACAGGAGAGAAGCCAUUUCAUUGUGAUAUCUGUGGUAGAUCAUUCUCUCAGAGUGUAAAUGUAACUAAUCACAAACGUAUUCAUACUGGAGAGAAGUCAUUUCAUUGUGAUAUCUGUGGUAAAUCAUUUUUUUACAGACAUGUCUUGAUUAUUCAUAAACAUAUUCAUACAGGAGAGAAGCCAUUUCAGUGUGAUAUCUGUGGUAAAUCAUUCUCUCAAAGUAGCCAAAUAACGAAUCACAAACGUAUUCAUACAGGAGAAAAGCCAAAUCAAUGUGAUGUUUGUGGUAAAUCAUUCUCUGAUCGAUGUAACUUGACAUCUCACAAACGUACUCAUACUGGAGAGAAACCAUAUCACUGUGAUAUCUGUGGUAAAUCAUUCUCUCGAAGCAGUCAAGUUACUACACACAAACGUAUUCAUACAGGAGAAAGGCCAUAUCACUGUCCUUUCUGUGAUAAAUCAUUCUCUGAAAACUCUAACUUAACUAAACAUAUAUCUAUCCAUACAAAAGUGUGACUUUAACAUUUUCAAAAGUCAUUUUUCUCUUAAAAACCAACAUUUUAACAUCUUUUUCAAAACAAAUCACAAGUGAGCCCUGUUCUCCUGUCCGUAAGCCAUAAACCCUUGACUCUAAUCGUACUCAUCAUGGUUCUUUCUUCGAGGUACCAUUUUCUGGCCACAUUCUCUGUUUCUCACCGUUUUAGCAUCCUCUUACAACAUACACAAGGAUUUGGUAGUCUAUUUGCAUCCAGUUUUAUUUAUAAAAUCCUUGUCCUAUGCAACCAUGAAUAAUAAAAUAUCUCAUAUAACCAUCAAUAUAUUCACACAGGACAUCAGAUGUAACAGUGUAUGAGAGCAACGACCCACCUUUAUAUUUUAUAUAUAUCCAAUUCUCAAUAAAACCUUCGUUUCAGGAUAUUCAGCACUA